CAGCUCAAGCAAAGUCAGGGUUGCCCACCCAUCUCUCCCACGCGGCCAUCCCGGCGACGCAUUCCUUUCCCACCCGCUCCUCUUCUUCUCCUUCCCAUCGCUUCCCUCUCUCCCCGAUUUCAAAAUCCGCCAGCCACCACUCCCCUACUAGGGUUUCGCCUUUGCGGCGUUGCCUCUGCUCGCGACAGCAAAGAGGAGGAGGAGGAUGGACAAGUACGAGAAGCUGGAGAAGGUGGGCGAGGGCACCUACGGCAAGGUGUACAAGGCGCGGGACAAGGCCACGGGCCAGCUCGUCGCGCUCAAGAAGACCCGCCUCGAGAUGGACGAGGAGGGCAUCCCGCCCACCGCGCUCCGCGAGAUCUCCCUCCUCAACCUCCUCUCCCACUCCAUCUACGUCGUCCGCCUCCUCGCCGUCGAGCAGGCCGCCAAGAACGGCAAGCCCCUCCUCUACCUCGUCUUCGAGUUCCUCGACACCGACCUCAAGAAGUUCCUCGACGCGUACCGCAGGGGCCCCAACGCGAGGCCGCUCCCCACCCACCUCAUCAAGAAUUUCUUGUAUCAGUUAUGCAAAGGAGUUGCACACUGCCAUGGCCAUGGUGUUCUUCACCGGGAUUUAAAGCCACAAAACCUGUUGGUUGACAAGGAGAAGGGGAUACUGAAAAUUGCAGAUCUUGGGCUAGGUAGAGCUUUUACUGUGCCAAUGAAAAGCUACACCCAUGAGAUUGUGACACUCUGGUAUAGAGCUCCCGAAGUUUUGCUUGGAGCAACACAUUACUCAACUGGUGUUGAUAUGUGGUCCGUUGGAUGUAUCUUUGCUGAAAUGGUCAGAAGACAGGCUCUUUUUCCUGGUGACUCAGAGUUGCAACAGUUGCUUCACAUUUUCAGGUUGUUGGGAACUCCUACUGAGGAGCAGUGGCCUGGAGUGAAUGGCUUGAGGGAUUGGCACGAGUUUCCACAGUGGAAGCCCCAGAGCUUGGCCUCUACUGUCCCAACAUUGGAGCCCGAAGGCAUCGACCUGCUGUCAAAAAUGCUUCAGCUUGAUCCGGCAAACAGGAUAUCAGCUAAAGCCGCGAUGGAGCAUCCCUACUUCGACAGCCUUGACAAGUCCCAGUUCUAGUCCUUGUACCAUGUGAUUCAGAACAUUCUGUUACUCUGCGAAUGCGCUUUCUGAUGGAGCUAUGAAGAAAUUCACUUGCCAUCUAGGCAACAACUGGGCCAUAGUUAUUACUAACGGUUUGUUAGUGGUUGUGAAAUUGGGCGUGCGUACCUUUUCAUGCCAGGGUCAUAUUUGUGUUUAUGGAGCGUGAGCGUUGUUGCAAUUCACUGAACAAACUAUAUAUAUACUUUGUUGCUGAAUAAACUAUAUGUACGCUUUGUUGCAACAGCUUGUCUUAUGAACUUAUCAUGUAGUAUAACAGAAGUUAUAUGU